CGGUGUAAAAGAUCCAACGUGGGAGAUAUAGUUGGGAGCAAAACGGAAUGGCUUCUCUGUUCAAGGAUUUAGCCAAGAUUUCAGCAUAUAGGGAUAGAAGGUUUCCAGGAACACAAGAAGAAUUUGAAGAUGCUUUGCUAAAGUUGACAACUGUUUAUGUGGGGAACAUGUCCUUCUACACAACAGAGGAGCAAGUGUAUGAGCUGUUCUCUCGUGCUGGAGAGAUUAAAAAGAUAGUGAUGGAACAGGAUAAGAAUUCCAAAACUCCUUGUGGAUUCUGCUUUGUAAUGUAUGGCCUGAACCUUGCUUUCAAUCUCCAAUUUCUUUCAUUUGUGUUGCUAACUUUCGACUGUAUAACUUUUUCUCCAAUUGUGUUACGCCUGCUCCAGCUUUAACCAGUUCCCUUUGGUUCUAUAUUGUCUACUUAUUCAGUAAGGGUAUUGAUAUUAUGUAUUUGGCAUUUGUUCAUGCCACCUGAUGUAUAUAAGAAUCAUGUUCGCCUUCUCUACUCCUACAAGUAUCGAGACAACUCUUAUUCGCGGUGUCUUAAGAAUUAGAUGACACGUUUACAGUCCCGAGGAUUAAACUAUGUACUCUGGUUGAAAGGAAAGAAAGAAGAACUUCAAAGCUACAAAAAAGGAACAGUAGCGAAAUUGCAGCUGUAAAUUGCUACAACA